GGGGAGAAUACCGAAUCCAGCGUCCCACCACCACAGGAACGACAUGCAACAUCACAACGUCCUGAACCCAGAGUCUCAAGUGGAGAAGGGAGAGAAUGCCCGCUUGGCCUCCUUUGUCGGUGCGAUCGCGAUUGCCGACAUGGUCAAGACGACAUUGGGCCCAAAGGGCAUGGACAAAAUCUUGCAGAGCGUUGGGGGGCCUGACAAGUCGAUCUCUGUGACGAAUGAUGGCGCAACUAUUCUGAAGUCUGUGUAUAUUGACAAUGCUGCUGCCAAGGUCUUGGUUGACAUUGCCAAGACCCAAGAUGAAGAAGUGGGCGACGGAACAACGAGUGUGGCUGUGCUUUGUGGUGAGCUCCUUCGUGAAGCCGAGAAGCUGAUUGAGCAGCGCAUUCAUCCGCAAACGAUCAUCGAAGGCUGGCGCAUUGCCUUGUCGACAGCGCACAAGGCUUUGGAAGCGUCGGCGCGUGACCACUCGCAGGAUCCGAACAAAUUCCGCGAAGACUUGUUGAACAUCGCGCGGACGACCCUGAGUUCGAAGCUCAUGGCCGAGUCGAAAGAUCAUUUUGCAGAGCUCGCUGUUGACGCUGUGUUACGUUUGAAGGGCAGCAACAACUUGGACCAUAUCCAAAUCAUCAAGAAGCAAGGUGGGGGCUUGAAGGACUCAUACUUGGAGGAAGGCUUUAUUCUCGACAAGCACAUCGGCGUCGGCCAGCCCAAGCGCCUCGUCAACGCGAAAAUCCUCAUUGCGAACACCGGUAUGGACACGGACAAGAUCAAAAUCUACGGCGCCCGGGUCAAAGUCGACUCGAUGGAGAAGGUCGCGAGCAUCGAAGACGCCGAGAAGCUCAAGAUGCGCCAGAAAGUCGAAAAAAUCGCCGAUUUUGGCAUCAACUGCUUUGUCAACCGCCAAUUAAUCUACAACUACCCCGAACAAAUUUUCACGGAGAAGGGCAUUAUGGCGAUCGAACACGCCGAUUUCGACGGGAUUGAGCGCUUGGCUGCCGUCACUGGCGGCGAAAUCACAUCCACGUUCGACCACCCCGAGCUCGUGGCCCUGGGCGAAGCGGCAUUGAUUGAAGAAAUCAUGAUCGGCGAAGACCGCGUGAUUCGGUUCUCCGGCGUCAAGACUGGGCAGGCGUGCAGUGUCGUGCUGCGCGGCGCAUCGUCGCACUUGCUCGACGAGGCCGAGCGCUCGUUGCACGACGCGUUGGCCGUGUUAUCCCAGACGGUCCGACAUACGCGCACGGUGAUGGGCGGCGGGUGCACUGAAGUGCUGAUGGCCCAAGCGAUUGACGAAAAGGCACCGGGCAUUCCUGGGAAAAAGUCGCUCGCGAUGGAAGCGUUUGCCCGGGCAUUGCGUCAGAUCCCUGCCAUCAUUGCCGACAACGGCGGGUACGACAGCGCGGACCUGGUGACCCAACUUCGCGCGGCUCACUUUGGCGGGCAAAAGAACGCCGGUCUGAACAUGUCGAACGGGACAAUCGGCGACAUGGACGCCCUCGGCAUCCGGGAAUCGUACAAGAGCAAGAUGCAAGUGCUGCUGUCGGCGGCCGAAGCGGCGGAAAUGAUUUUGCGCGUCGAUGACAUCGUCAAGUGCGCGCCCCGCCAACGCCAAGGGUAGACAAGACACAGUUAGACACCAACCAGAUAUAUAACAAAUUCGUGGCAUGAAGAUAGUCC